CUAUGGUGUUGCAAUUGCAAUUGCAAUUACAGCAAGUUCUCCUUGCAAUGUGGCUGUGACAAGUCUUCAGUAUUAAGAUUGAUUGAUAGUAAACUGCAUAUAUACUUCUCAUCUUUGAGGUUUCAAAGACUGAUAAAAAAAUUUCAAAUAAAAAAGAUGGAUCCAGAGAGAUCAAUGGAGGAGCAAUUUUCCAAGCUACAUCCUUCAUUGCCAGAAAACACCAGAAUUGGAAUAGUUGGUGCUGGUCCAAGUGGCUUAUCAGCUGCUUAUGCAUUAACCAGGCUUGGUUAUAAGAAUGUUACAGUAUUGGAGAAACAUCACACGGUCGGUGGCAUGUGUGAAUCAGUAGAAAUUGAAGGAAAAGUAUAUGAUUUGGGAGGACAAGUUCUUGUUGCAAGCAGUGCUCCAGUGAUCUUUCACUUGGCGAAAGAGACAGGCUCUGCAUUAGAAGAAUUGGACUCUCACAAGCUUGCUGUUGUUGACCCUUCCUCUGGAGAAUAUCACGAUAUUAAAGUUGCUGAUGAUUAUGUAUCUGUUAUGUCACUUACAUUGGAAAUACAAGAAAAAGUGAAGAAUUGCGGUCGUAUUGGAGUCCAUGCUGUUAGUGACAUUGCUUCAGACUUAACUCCAGAGUAUCUAAAAUGUCAUGGACUCAAAUCCAUUCCUAAAUCUGUAGCUUAUGGUUACACUGCUUCAGGAUAUGGGUUUAUUCAAGACAUGCCUUAUGCUUACCUUCAUGAAUUUACUAGAACUUCGAUGGCUGGAAAAAUUCGACGAUUCAAAGGUGGAUAUACAAGUCUUUGGCAGAGUAUUGCUGAAUCACUUCCUUUGAGACUUCUUUGUAACACUGAAGUAUUGGCAAUCAAGAGGAACUCUGACGGUGUCACAGUUCGUAUCAAGAGCUUGGAUGUAGUUGAAACAUUGGAAUUUGAUAAGAUCAUAAUUUCUGGUUCAUUUCCAUUAAAAUAUGGGAAAAUUUACAGAUCACCUUCUAAUUGCAUAGAAUGCAAGAAAGAAAUAAUGGAUGCAAGUGACCUUGAAAAGGAUUUAUUCAGCAAAGUCGAGACAAAUGACUACUACACCACUGUUUUCAAGAUUAAAGGGCUAGAACAUUUGCCUAUUGGAUUUUAUUAUUUUAGUAAAUAUAUGGAAGAUCCCAGCACGAUUGGAAAUCCAGUGGCAAUGCAGAAAUUUUAUGCUGACUCUAAUAUAUUCUUGUUCUGGUCCUAUGGCAACUCUGUUGAUAUUAAGGGACCAACUGUCAAGGAGCUUGCCAUGACAACAAUACAAACCAUGGGAGGAGAAGUUGAGAAUUUCAUUCUUCAACGCUGCUUUAAGUAUUUUCCUCAUGUUGGCAGCCAAGAUAUGAAAGAUGGAUUCUAUGAAAAGUUAGAAUCACAGCUUCAAGGUUCAAGGAAUACUUACUAUGUAGGUGGGCUUAUGGCAUUUGAGCUUACGGAGAGGAACUCAUCUUAUUCCAUGGCUCUAAUUUGCAAGAACUUUGCCAAUACCAAUGAUUUGCCAACAUUUCCUUACACUAAGAAUUUGUUUCCCUUGCAAAGUGAGCACCAAAAGAAGAACCCUAAAGAACUAGAUGAAUUGCCAGAAGUGCAAUCUCCUAAUUUUCCUACUUUGAAUAGCUACUUAAAGUACUGGGGGACUCAUCCAAUCACUCAAAAUAGGACUCUUUACACAUGGAUUAAUGAAGAAGGGACUCCGGUGUGCCAGAGGACCUAUGGAGAACAACAUUAUUAUUCUUCUUGCAUUGCUCAAAAGCUCUUGACAAGCCAAAAGCCGGUUAUCAAGCCUGGUGACAGGGUUCUUUUGGUCUAUGUCCCUGGGUUAGAUUUUAUCGAUGCCUUCUUUGGAUGCAUAAGAGCUAAAGUCUUACCAGUCCCAAUUACUCCCCCAGAUCCCAUGCAAAGAAGUGGACAAGCAUUAAUGAAAAUUGAAAACAUUGCCAAGUCAUGUGGCAUUGUGGGGAUUUUGUCAACAACAACUUAUCACUCGGCAGUCCGUGCAGGUUCAUUGAAAAGUUUAAUUUCACUAACAAGAAAAAAGGAGAAAUCAUCAGCUCAGUGGCCGAAUCUUCCGUGGUUGCACACUGAUACCUGGGUCAAGAAUUCCAAGAGCAUUGUUUCAGAGAAUGUUGAUGAUCAAUGUGAACCACAACCUGGUGAUGUAUGUUUCUUGCAAUUUACGUCAGGAUCAACUGGUGAUGCUAAAGGAGUCAUGAUCUCUCAUGGUGGACUAAUUCACAAUGUGAAAUUGAUGCGAAGUAGAUACAAAAGUACCUCAAGGACUAAACUAGUAAGUUGGCUUCCUCAGUAUCAUGACAUGGGGCUGAUUGGAGGCAUUUUUACAUCUCUUAUUAGUGGUGGAUCUGCAUUUUUAUUUUCACCAAUGACAUUUAUCAAGAAACCACUCUUAUGGCUUGAAAUCAUCAGCAAGUAUCAAGCAACUCAUAGUGCUGGCCCAAACUUUGCUUUCGAGUUACUGAUUCGAAGAUUGGAGUCUGACAAGGAUAAGGUUAAGAAUUUAGACCUUUCAUCCUUGGUUUUUCUUAUGGUUGCUUCUGAACCGGGGAGACAGGAGACGCUAAAAAACAUCAUUGAGUGA